AUGAAUUUAGCGUCUUACGAUCACCUCAAUCAGUUGUUUUUCGAGAUGGAAGUUGGCCUUCCUGGCGAGCGGAUCCCAGAUGUAGCUGCGUUAUCCAUGGGCUUUUCUGUUGAAGAAGACCUUUCCUGGCCUGGGCUUGCAGUGGGUGAUCUGUUUCACAGACCACGAGCUACUGUGCUGGUAACAGUGAAAGGAGUAGACAAGCUGGCGUUGCCUGUGAAAGGGGUUUCCUACCCUAUUGAGAAUGCUGUGCCUUUCAGUCUUGACAGUGUUGCGAAUGCUAUUCAUACUUUGUUCUCGGAGGAAACUCCUGUGGUCUUGCAGCUGGCCCCCAGUGAGGAAAGAGUGUACAUGGUGGGCAAGGCAAACUCUGUAUUUGAAGAUCUUUCUGUCACACUGCGCCAACUGCGAAACCGCUUAUUUCAGGACAACUCCAUUCUCAGCUCCCUUCCUCUCAACUCCCUCAGCAGAAACAAUGAGGUUGACUUGCUCUUUCUGUCAGAACUACAAGUCCUACAUGAUAUCGCAAGCCUGCUGUCUCGGCACAAGCUUAGCCAAAGAUCACUCUCCAGACCUGUAUUCUCUGGAACUGGCUGGUUUGGAAGAGGUUGGAAAACAUAUGGGGAAGACUCUCAGCAGUUCAAGGAUGCUUCUCAGAUUCUUGUAGACUCUUUACAAAAGUUUGCAGAUGAGAUGUUUAAUCUGUAUAGUGGGAAUGCAGUAGUAGAAGUGGUGGCUGUAAAGGCAUUUAAUUCUCCCCUCACAAGGAAGACUCGCUCCAUUCUCCAGUCUUCAGAGAGCAAAACGGAAAAUCCAUAUAACCUUGCCUAUCCAUAUAACUAUAACUACUCUGUAAUCUUCAACAUUAUUCUGUGGAUGAUGAUUGGUCUUGCUUUAGCUGUGAUAGUUAUCUCCUACAACCUCUGGAACAUGGAUCCUGGGUAUGACAGCAUUAUUUAUAGGAUGACGAAUCAGAAGAUAAGAAUGGAUUGAACUGCACUGUAUUUUGGCGCAAGGAAAUGAUGAAGAGUAAGGUCUCCUUUAAACUGUAUGGAAAACAAAUAUUCUGACAUGAUUAAUUGUGGAUUUUUUUUAAAAGGUGUAUUUAUUUCUAAGGUUUUUUUUCUUCCCUCUCAAACCUAUUUUAAAUGUUAGUAGUAGCACCAGAUGGGAUUUAGAAAUUGAAAUUUGCUUGUUUAAAAAAUAAAAAGCAAUCUCCAAAGUAAUUGUUAUUAAAGUAAUAUCAUUCCAUUUUUUUAUCAUGUAACAUGAGUUUUUGAAAUGCCCUGUACUGCCUGUGACUGUGUGCAAAACAGAUAAAUUGAAAUUAUGAUAGCAACAUGUUGUUUGAAACUUUUACACUGGAAGAUUAGAAAUUAUAGCUAAAUUGUUGUGUUGUAUAUUAUGAACCAGUUGUAAAUGUUUGAUGUAAAUAUUUAUAAUGGCUAUAUGUAACUUCAGAGAGGAUAGUAAUUAUUCUUUAGUAAAAUACUAAAUAUAGAAAUAUUUCUACAAGACCACGAUUCUAGUGGCACAAAUGGCAUUUUGAUCUAGUUUACCUAGAACUCCAAUGAUAUGGAGGUAAAUAACACUAGUGUGGCUGGUCUAUACAGUGGAGAGUCUAUAAAUAUUGAAGUAGCACCAGUCUGAUCAUGGUCUAACGUCACGUACAGUUAAAGUUCCUAUUAUGAUGCUUCAUGUUCCUUCCAUUUGUGUUGAUGUUAUUAUUAAAAAAAAAAUCAAUUCUUUUUGAUGAUAAAAGUGGACCAACACUUGAUUUAAAUAUACCUGGAUUAUAGUCCUGCUUCAACUAUUCAAUAAAACAAAGAACAGUUGUUCUUGAAUGCA